UUAUAUUUCGUUUUCUGGGUUACUUUCUUUUUACCCUAAUAAUCCAACUUAAUUUUAUUGCUUUGGAUCCUCCAUUCCCCUAACUUUACCCUUCCCCCUCUUUAAAUUGGAAGUCUUCCCACACUUAGCACCACCAGGAAAGAAACAGAGAGAAAACAUAGUGCAAUUUGAAAACCCUCUAAGUCUCAGGCCAAUCUUCAACAAUGGAGGAUUAUUACUUCAAGAGGAGUCAUGUGCCGGCGUUCGGAAGCUGGGAUUGGAACGACGACCUGUCUUUUACUCAGUGUUUCGAGUCAGCGAGACAGGCGGGGUUGCUCCGGUACAGCUACUCUGAGGACCGUGAUUUGUAUGUUGCCGGCGAUCUCUAUGAGAACGAUGUCGUCACUCCUGCCAUGAUCGUUGUACCUCGCCGACGGACAAAGGUGCGUCAGGAGCAUGGGAAAGAGAAAGAAGGAAAAAAACAGAGUAAAUGGGAGGAACUGCCCAGCCCACCCACCCCUCCCCGUACCAGGCCCGCACCCAAGCCUGUCGAUGAAGACCUCUACAAAAUUUCUCCUGAGCUCCUUUAUGCCAAACCCAGAAAGAAAAGAGGAUUAGGGUUCUUCUCAAGCUGCUUGGGGCCAGCUUGUGCAAUGUGAAGAGGAGAAAAAGACUAUAUAAAACAUGUGGACCAAGUACAUAUAUUAUGACUUAAGAAGAAUACAAUGAUAUUAUGUGUUAUUGGGUUCAAGAGGAUUAGUAUUACCAUAGUUAUUAUAGUCAUUAUGCAUGUAUGGGCUGUUUUGCCAUAUUUUGGUUGGGCAAAUCUUUUGGGGACUUAUUUGCCUAUUAUUUGGAAAAUUUAUUUGUGUUUACCGUUUGGAUGGUAGGAAUGGAAACAGUACUGUUCUGUACUGUUUAGAAAGCCGUGCAUAUUCCCUUUCAUCCUGAAAAGAAAAUUUUGCUUUUAUA